CUACUUUUGACUCCAUAAUCUCACAGCGCCAGAUCUCGCUCGCCACAGUGAUCUUUACCUCCAUAUGCAUAAUCUACCUACGCUCUGUUCUCCUAUGGAGAGCCCGCUCACGAGGGCGACCGCUGCCGCCCGGUCCGCGACCUCUCCCUUUCGUCGGGAACCUGCUAGAUAUGCCCCAAGUCAGGAUGUGGGAAGGGUUUAGGGAUCUUAGCGCAAAGUAUGGCGACAUGAUCCGGUUGCGGAUGUUCAGCCAGGACAUGGUCGUGCUUGGGAGCCCUGGGGUGAUUUUUGAAUUGCUUGACCGGCGCUCUGCGAAUUCCUCAGAUCGCAAGCAGACACCGAGCAUACCCCUGAUGGGCCACGAUACAACGUUCGGGCUGAUGUCUGCUGGGCAGACGUGGAAGAACCACAGGCGGGCAUUUUGGCAGCAGUUCAACCCGACCGCCGUCACAAAAUAUUAUGCCAUGCAGCGCGAGAUGGCAUAUAUGUUAGUAGGCAUGAUGUUCAAAGAGCCAACAGAGCUCGAGAAGAACUUACAAGACUCGAUCGCUGCAAUGCUCGUCCGGACCCUUUUCGGCUUCGACGCCCAAGACAGGAACGACAGGGUGCUCAAGCUUGUAUGGGACUGCAUAGAGGGAACGCGCGAGCUUCUCAUCUCAGGCGGGUUCCUCAUGGACUUCUUUCCCAUCCUCCGCUUCGCCCCAUCGUUCGUCCCUUUCCAGCGCAAGCUUGCGAGAUGGCGCACAAUAAACGAACACUUCAAAGACGAGCUAUUUGCGCAGUACAAGGCGGAGUUGAAGACGCAAGAGCGCGAUGCGUACCCGUGUAUGGUCGGCGAAGUCAUUGCGAGCCUCACCGACGGGAGCGGAAGUGAACAUAUGCUGGCAAGUGCAGAACAUAUUGCUAAGAGUAUCACACUGGACGCGGUCAAUGCCGGGACGGAUACGACCACGUCUAUCCUCCAAACCAUCUUCUUUGCCAUGUCGCUCUACCCCUCUGUCCAAGCAAAGGCGCAUGCAGAGCUGGACGCAGUAGUCGGGCCUGACAGACUCCCCGACUUCAGCGACCGCGAGUCCCUUGUAUACCUCGACGCGAUCAUCAAAGAGACGAUGCGCUGGAUGCCGUCUUCCCCCCUCGGGCUAACGCACUGCACGCGGGAGGACGACAUCGUGAACGGACACUUCAUCCCCGCGGGCACGGUCCUUCUGGGGAACAUUUGGGCAUGCCUUCACGACCCGGCAGUGUACGACGACCCAGAGACAUUCCGCCCCGAGCGGUUCCUGCGCGACGGUAGGCUCGACCCGGACGCACGGGACCCGGGCGAGCUCUCGUUCGGUUUUGGACGGAGAAUCUGUCCCGGGAGACACUUCGGGCUCGCAGCGGUGUACAUCAACGUCGCGAGCGCGCUGCACGUCUUCGACUUCUCGCCGCCUGUCGACGCGCAUGGCCGGGAGAUCAGGAUCGAGCCGCGCAUGGUCAGUGGCUUCGUCUCACGAGCCGAAGACGCUAGGUGUACAGUCAAGCUACUUCCCGAACGCGCCAAGCUCAUUCGAGGUCCCAGGAGAACUUGACGCGUAGGGCUGCUGGCUGCGAUAAUCGGUUUUCGUGGCCUCAGCAUUCAGUGGUGCAGACAACAUGCCGGCUGUAAAGAUAGUCUAGACGAUGGAGAAAGAGCGAAGAAACCGACUCGAGCUGUCCUGCUGACCUUCAGUAUGUCACAUAUGUCGACGUCCAGAAUAAGCCCAGUGCAUGCCGUACCAGUGAUCUGUCAGUCAGACGCCCGAUUGGAAUGGGAGCUGUGGAUACGUGUAUAAUGCGG